GUGCGUGUCAAGAAGCAUCGGUGGCAUCGGCGCAUCCUGAAGACUCGCGAUCCGCUUGUCGUCUCGCUCGGCUGGCGUCGCUUCCAGACGAUCCCGCUCUACUACGUGCAGGACCACAACAUGCGCAGCCGCCUGCUCAAGUACACGCCCGAGCACAUGCACUGCAAUGCCGUCUUCUGGGGACCGAUCACGCCGCAGACGACUGGAUUCAUGGCCGUGCAGUCGGUUGCCGAGGCGACGGCGGAGUUCCGCGUCGCUGCGACGGGCGUCGUGCUUGACCUUGACAAGUCGGUCAAUGUCGUGAAGAAGCUGAAGCUGGUCGGAACGCCGCUAAAGAUCUAUCGCAAGACUGCCUUCAUACAG